CUUUUCAAAAGACAGCAAUUUCGAAACAAAACAAAUAUUUGGCACCAUUACACGAUUCCACGACUCAAAACGAUCAUGAAAUUUCUGAAAAUAUUAAAUUAAUUUAACAAAAAAUUGAUGUCAGCAAAUUCAAAAUGAAAUCAAAUUGAAGGGAGUGGGGAUUACUCAACUACGAUUCGAAACCAAACUUAUUAGCGCACACCCCGAAAUAGAAAAUCCGGGUAAGUAAACUAGCGGACUGUACCCCAGGAGACGGAUACAAACGUCAUGUUCUCAGCGCCGUGUCACAGACUCCCACUCGCCUAGUGGCUAUUUCCUUGUUAACACGGCGCACACCACGGGCCGCAUUGUAAGCGGGAAAGCAAACACCCUCGACUUUGUCACGAGCAUCUCACAACUCGUAUCAUUCUUUUUUUUUCCCCCUACCCGUCUCACUCAAAAUUAAAAAUCGUCCCGCGUGGUAUAUUGCACCUGCGCAGAUGACGAUGCUAGGUGACAUCAUGUUCCGUGUAAGUGACUCUCGUUCAUAAAGUGGCCGCGGUACUCGCAGGGUAUAAGAAGCGCUAUUGGCCUUGAUCGUGAUGCUAUUGCAUUUUUUUCUACCUUCACGCCAAGCGAUAAAGUGGUGUAUCACCGAUUCUACGCAACAUCGCCAGCCAACAAGAAGGCCCGUGUGGUGCGCAAUCAGUAACAGUCUCCAACACACAGUACAUGCGAAGACACACAUUCUGACUCGGGGAAUGGUUAUAUCUCCAACGUCGGACUCGGGAACUUGACAGACGACACAAAAGGCAUCCCAAGUAGCUUUUCAUUUCCAAGACGACCGUAGCAUUCUGGGAGGAUAACAUCGAGUGCUGAGCAGCCGGGCUUUAAUUUGAAGAACUUUUGAGGCUUUCUCCAACCGUUGACCAUGGAGCCGACUUCUCAUCAGAGCCCGACAACGGCCUCGACGGUGGUAGUGAAGUGCGCCCUCAUCGCGUUGCUGCUUCUGGGCCUGAUCAGCCAGUGUUCGGCGGCCACCUGCCAGCGGAGGGGGUUGAGCCAUCUCAUCUCGCACGAGGGAUGCAUGCCCCGCCGCGUGCCCUCCUACGGCUGCAGGGGCUCUUGCACCUCCUACUCCCGCGUCUCGCCUACGGACUACACCCAGAUGGAGCGGUCCUGCCAGUGCUGUCAGGAGUCUGACCACCAGGUGCGCACGGUAUGGCUUAAUUGCCCAGCCCUCUUCCCCAACACCCGGAUGCAGGUGGAACUCAAGAUGGCCAUGUCGUGCAACUGUCGACCGUGCCAUGGGCUGUCCGGAGUGCCGGCCGAAACCAGGCUAGAGGACCUUCUACAAUAAAGAUGGACAUCGGACAAUCCCUGAGGACGAUUUCCGUAGAAACUGACUGUACUAAGUGUAGGGUAUGACUCCAAGAAUUAACCGCCAAGGGCGUCCGAGCCUUGGUAUCAGACAAACCCUAUAAUUUCAAACAAAUUAAAAUCAAGAGUGUUAGACUGCAAGACACCGCUUAAGAUAAAGACAAUAUGUUUUUAAAAUGAUGGCCAUUUCAUGGCUAUUUUAAUUGUAACUUUUUUGCCCGUUUCUCUCAUAGCAGUACUAUUUCACCAUUUUACUAGCGGUAGUUUAUCUGAAUACAAAACAAAACCAAAAAAACACCACAAAAAGAGACUUUCCACACCUAUUUCAGUCCUUCAAGAACCAUGUCCCCUAUAAUGGUGAUAUCAAGAGUACAAAUAUUUGAAUGACAAAUUCUAUAUAUAAUUGUAUCACAGCAGAAACUGUUAUGAAAAGACAAACAUUUUCUUGAAAUAUAGCAGCUAUAGAAACAGGGGGGAAAUAAUUACUAAGAGUACAUAGCUACGUCGGUCAAAAAAAUCACUCAGCACCGAACUGAACAUGUGCCCACGAACUGAACAUGUGCCCACUAAAAAAAAAUCAAAUUUGUUUUUAAAUGAAGUUUAGGCCUAUGCCGACUCUGGCCUUUGUGAAGAGCCAGUGGUCAUGUGGUCAAGCUGUCUGAUGUUUCACAAAACGAUUGCCUGUAUGAUAUCAAGUGUAGGUACAUAGCGAAUUGUUUAGCCUACGACCCAUUUGUCAAUAAACCAUUCUAGUGUUCAUACGCUCAUUUUCGUGCAAUUAAACACACAGCGUGAGACAUUAUACCGCAUUUUCUCAAAGUUACGACUUCACAUGCUCAAUUGUAUGACGAAGAUUGCGUAUAAAAGUAGACAAAUUAAAUAUUAGUCGUUCCCUUUUUGACGAUUAUCCAGUUUUCAUUAUAGCUACUAAAGAUUGUAAAAAAAAACAGGCGUUUUCUUGCCAAAUACAAAUACAAAAUAUCAGAAUACCAAUGACUGUGCAAUAAUGUUAGCCGACACUAAAACGAAAUACGAACAUAAGCAUAGCAAAGAAAGUGUGGAAUUGCAAAAGACAUGUUGGAAACAUGACGAGACUCACAAUAAUUAGUAAAACCAGACUGAAAGUCUGAAACAUGUUUGGUUGAGAUGUGGACAGAAGUUCACUUUUACUGCUCCAUGAUGCGAAGUGUAUAUUUCGCAGAGGAUGUUGAAGAUAGCGUCAUGGAUUGGGGUAUUUAUUCAAGGACAAUUUUUUGAAAUGAUUACUGGAACUUUGUACUUCACAAUAUUAUUAAUUAAGUGCACAUUUUGCACUAAUGAAGACGCCUGCACAGAGUUUAGCUGCAUCUUUUUUGAAACACGACCUGUAAGCUACUAGUUGGUUAUGCUAUAACGCUCAUGCACUUUGCACUGUAUAUUGCAAAACAAUUAACAAACAGCCUGGCAGUAUGGAUGGAAUAACACCGGCAAUGACCGUUGGUAGAAGAAAGUACUUUUGAAGGACGUUAAAUGUAUUAUCGAGGUCAGGAUGUUUAUAACUAGUAAUUUAACUAGUAACUAAACUUCAACCUGCUUGAUAUAGUGCGAAUCUAUCGCACAAUUUUUAUCACGACUUUUAAAAUUGGCUCUCACUUUGAUUAACGCAAGUUUGUCGAAAGAUUCCGUUUAAGGUAAUCAUCGGUAAUUGAUAGUAAUUUAAUCAAUAUAUCCGACCUUUUGGCGGAUGCGUAGUUUUUAAUUUAUAUGUGAGAAAAAAAAUUAUAUAUUUUUGUGGAAAUCGUAACAUGAACACUGUGCAUGCAGUGGGUGCUAUUUCAAUUGAUGUACUAUAAAUAUUGUAUAAAAAUAAAUGAAUGAAACGACAAUUAAUCAUUUGACAA